ACCUAGUGUUAAAAGUUUAGUGAAUUUAGUCAUCCGAAGAUAUUUUUGCAGUUCGAUUAGUGCUUUCCUAUGCGAUGGUUAACCCUCUGACUCCCCCAGUCCUGAGAGAGCAAGUCUAUUGGCACUUUGGAGAUUUGACAUUGAAUCGUCAGACCAGAGAGGAACGACUCGACCGUCGGGAUCGCCUAUCCGGACUCCGUUGGAUGUGGGCCUGCGACGGAGAAGUUCCGGAAAACGCAAUCCCGGCUGGAAGGUCAGGUAGUCGAAGAUUCUACAUUGGAAGGGCACACUACGAGGGAUCGGUAACCCCGGGUCGAAUCGAUACGAAACGAAAAGUAUGCAGUAUUCCUUGGGGUGGCGAUGAGCACAUGAGGAAUGUGUAUGAGGUACUUUGCACACCUGGACAGUUCCUUAGUGUAGCUGCAGACAAUACGGAAACACUACUGCUGGCCAGCUCGGCCGGUAUGUCCGAAGAAGGAGAACCACUGUUUAUUGGCCGUGUUCAACAUAAAGGAGAAUUAGUAUAUGGAAAGGUUCAGCGUUCGCAUGGCGUUUGUUAUAUUGCUUAUGAGGGUAAAGAACUGGGUUUUAAGAAUUAUGAAUUAUUCGUAGCUAAUGUACCGAGUCGCCUUGAUGAUCACUACUGGCUGAAGAACGAUGGUGAUAAAAUUCCAAAUCAAGCCACUGUUGGUGGAGGUACCGUACAUAAGCCGCUUUACAUCGGUCGCGCAAAAUACCGUGGAUCUCUCACACCUGGCUCGGUCGAUCCUACCAUUUGGCGGUGCAACAUUGCAUGGGGUUCGGAUGAGCACCAGAAGAUGCAAUACGAGUAUCUAUGUAACUGUAAGAGGGGAAGAUUUGUGAAAUCUCAAGGAAAUCAUGUGCCGAUCGGAGCUAUCCGGGGUGGAUAUUCGGAAUACGGAGAUCCACUUUUCAUCGGGCGCGUUAAGGUUAAAAAUGAUUAUAUCGUAGGGAAGGUUCAGCCGUCGCACUCCGUUUGCUAUAUCCCUUACCGUGGGAAAGAAGUGGCCCAUAAAAAGUAUGAGGUACUAGUACGAACCGACUGACGGAGGCGCAGCACUGAUAGAUAUUGGGAAUAUAUUUUACUUGGGUGA